ACAGGAAGGGGGGGGGUAGAAGUGGCGUAUAAAACCUAAAGUAGAGAAGGAAAUACCCCAGAACCUUUGUUGGGUUAAGGAUCACAAGAGGAGCAGAGGGAAGGAAGAGAGUGACCUGCUGUACCUGAACUGGUGCUUUUUGGAGAGGUGAAGACAUGCUGUGGUUUCUGGGGCUGACCUGUGUGCUCUGCAUAGGAGGGAGCGCCGUCGCAGGACAGAGAGAUGGAGAAAUUAUCAGUCAGAUUAAAAUGACUAAUCUUGUCUUGGGUGAGAUUAAAGAGCUUCUGAAGCAGCAGAUUAAGGAGAUUGUGUUCUUAAAGAACACAGUGAUGGAGUGUGAAGCCUGUGCAAUGGGGGGUGUGCAACCUCAACCCACCUGUGUGCCCAACUCCUGCCACCCUGGGGUGAGCUUUGUGGAAACACCUGAGGGUGUAAAAUGUGGACCCUGUCCUCACGGCAUGGAAGGAAACGGUACCCACUGCACUGACGUGGACGAGUGCACUGUGAAACCGUGCCACAUGGGUGUUCGCUGCAUUAACACAUCCCCAGGUUUCCGCUGCAGCUCCUGUCCCGCUGGAUACACUGGCCCGCAGGUCCAGGGUGUCGGUCUUGCCUACGCCACCGCCAACAAACAGGUAUGCAGAGAUAUUAAUGAGUGUGACGGUCCCAACAAUGGAGGCUGCGUGGCGAACUCUGUGUGUCUGAACACCCCCGGCUCUUUCAGAUGUGGUCCCUGUAAGACAGGCUACACUGGGGAUCAGCGACAAGGCUGUAAGCCUGAGAGAGCCUGUGGCAAUGGCCAACCCAACCCCUGCCACGCCAGUGCAGAGUGCAUCGUCCAUCGAGAGGGGACCAUCGAGUGCCAGUGUGGAGUCGGGUGGGCUGGCAAUGGCUACGUGUGUGGUCCUGACACCGACAUCGAUGGUUUCCCAGAUGAAAAACUGGACUGUCCUGAUAGUAACUGUAACAAGGAUAACUGUCUCACUGUUCCAAACUCUGGUCAAGAAGAUGCUGACAGUGAUGGAAUUGGAGAUGCCUGUGAUGAAGAUGCAGAUGGGGAUGGGAUCUUAAAUACACAGGAUAACUGUGUGUUGGUGCCCAAUGUGGACCAGAGGAACAUCGAUGAGGAUGACUUUGGCGAUGCCUGCGACAACUGUCCUGCCGUCAAAAACAAUGACCAGAAAGACACAGAUGUGGACAAAUACGGAGAUGAAUGCGAUGACGAUAUCGAUGGCGAUGGAAUUCCCAAUCACCUUGACAACUGCAAAAGGGUCCCAAAUGCUGACCAGAAAGAUCGAGACGGUGACAAAGUGGGAGAUGCCUGCGACAGUUGUCCCUAUGAUCCCAACCCUGACCAGAUGGAUGCGGACAAUGAUUUGAUUGGCGACCCCUGUGACACUAACAAGGACAGCGAUGGCGAUGGUCACCAAGACUCUCGGGACAACUGCCCAGCUGUCAUCAACAGCUCUCAGCUGGAUACUGACAAAGAUGGAAAGGGAGACGAGUGUGAUGACGACGAUGACAACGAUGGGAUCCCAGACCUGCUGCCACCUGGUCCUGAUAACUGCCGUCUGAUCCCCAACCCUCUGCAGGAGGAUUCUGAUGGUGACGGCGUGGGUAAUGUAUGUGAGAAGGAUUUCGACAACGACACCAUAAUUGACCCAAUAGACGUCUGUCCAGAAAACGCAGAGGUCACCCUCACUGACUUCAGGGAGUACCAGACAGUUGUUUUAGAUCCAGAAGGAGACGCACAAAUCGAUCCUAACUGGGUGGUGCUGAACCAGGGAAGAGAGAUCGUCCAGACUAUGAACAGCGAUCCUGGAUUAGCUGUUGGUUACACAGCUUUCAGCGGAGUAGAUUUUGAAGGAACAUUUCAUGUUAAUACGGUAACGGACGACGACUAUGCAGGUUUUAUAUUUGCGUACCAGGACAGCUCCAGCUUCUACGUGGUGAUGUGGAAGCAGGUGGAGCAGAUCUACUGGCAGGCAAACCCGUUCAGAGCCGUGGCAGAACCAGGAAUCCAACUGAAGGCAGUGAAAUCAAACACAGGUCCAGGUGAAAACUUGCGGAACGCUUUGUGGCACACGGGCGACACCACCGAUCAGGUGAAGCUCCUGUGGAAAGACGCUCGCAAUGUUGGCUGGAAAGAUAAGACCUCGUACCGCUGGUUCCUCCAGCACCGGCCUGCUGACGGCUACAUCAGAGUUCGUUUCUACGAGGGCACUCAAAUGGUAGCGGACACGGGCGUCAUCAUAGACGCGACAAUGAGAGGAGGCCGACUGGGAGUCUUCUGCUUCUCCCAAGAGAACAUUAUCUGGGCCAACCUGCGUUAUCGCUGCAACGACACUCUUCCAGAGGAUUUUGAUGCCUACAGAGCCCAGCAGGUCCAGCUGGUAGCCUGAUGACAACAAACAGGCCCAAACAGAAUGCUUUCCAAUGCACAGCUGGAUCUCAGAAGGAAGAUCAUCACGGCGAUAAAAGUUUAAUUAAAAAUCCAGCAGAAGUGUUGGAAAUGUCUCCAGUGAAAAUUGAUUGAUUGUGCUGCACAGCAAUGGUAAUAUGUGUUCACAGGGAAGUGGUAUAAUGUUAGAUUAAAUAUUAUAUAACAUUUUCCACUUCAGAAAAAACACUUGAAAAGAUUUGACUGUCACUAAUGAAUAAAUGUUGUUGUUGUGUGGGAAUCUGAUGUCUGUGCAUACUGAAACCAUGGAUAUCAAACAUGGAUGCAUCCACUUGGGGAUUAUAGCGCUUACCAUCUUGUUUUUUUUGUUUUUUGUUUUAAACUUGAUGUCAAUAAGAUACUGGACAUUCACCAUAAGGGACCUGUAUAUGACAAUGUAGUCACUCCCCAAAGCAGGCCUUGCUUUUCUCUCAAAUUUACUCUAAAUGGGUAAAUAAUUUACAAAAUGAAAAUUAAAUUAUAUUAAAGAGAACCUGAAGCUAGC